AUGACUGCAGCUACAUGCCACUUUUUACCUCUAUCAGCUGCUCAGAACAUUGCUGCUUGCAAUAUUACAACAAAAAGACAAAAACGUCUCAUUACCGAUUUCAUUAGUCUAGGCAUGGGAGCUAUCAAUCUCGGUAUAUCUGCCGCUAAUAGUAUGCAAAUAUCAAACCUUCAGAAACAAGUAGCAGUCGUGGAAAAAGCCCUCACAGAAUACUCUCACAAUCUGCAAAUACAGGGAGCCCAACUAGCAAAAAUUCAUGCAAAUCAGAUUGAAUUGGCAGAUGAACUUCGAGUAACACAACAAGUUCUCAAUACUAUGAUCCCUAUUUUAAGCUCACACGCAGAAGCUAUUAAUACUCUUAAAAGUGGUAUUGAACAGUUACAUAUUCAGCUUCAACGGUCCUUUCUCUAUUUAGCGAUAACUCAGAUCCUUCGAAACGAUCUCACCUUAGACUUUUUGUUGCCAGACGACUUGUAUAAAGUAAUUUAUCACGUCAUCCAACAAGGAAACUUAACAUUUAAUUCUCGACAUGGAUCAAUUCCUGUUGUCCAAAUCAUCACUAAACUUCUUGUUCGUCAACAGAUAGACUUCAUUCCUAGUUCACAAUAUAAAGCUCAGAAUCCGCAGGAAAUUGGUCGUCUUGUCAUCACUAGUUUUUUCGCUGUUCCACAACAGAAACACACCUCCUUUCUCACUUAUAAAUUACUGGCGGUUCCCUUCUUUUAUAAGAAUCAAACUCUGCAACUAACUCAAAUUCCUCGAUACUGGGCCAUCAAUCCAACAAAUAACAUGACUAUGAAAUGGCAUGAUCCUCAAGAAUUUGGAUGCGACCUCCAGUUAAUGACAUCAUGUCGUGAUACUCUACCAAUUCAGACAAUGUCACAAGAAACUUGCCUAGGUCGCAUAUUAGAAAGUCUUCCAUUAUCCAUUUGUCAAACAAUAGUACUCCCUCCUUCACAAUAUUUUGUUCAACAACUAAGAGAUAAUCUGUACGUCACUUCGUCACCUAAAUCUCUUUAUUGUUUGAACAUUCCACAAGCUGAAUACUCCAUCAUUCGGCAACAAACUUUGAACAUGAAUGAACAACUAGUUCUCUCACCUGUUGCUCUUGUAAAUGUCACUCCAGGUUAUACAAUCGCAUGUCCAAGAUUCAACUUAGUAGGCCGGUCAUUACCUUCAAGUGCCCCUUCCCUUGUAAUUUUGUACAACAAUAGUCUCUUGACUAAUAACAUCUCUGUUGUGGAUGUUUAUCGAUAUCUCAAAGAGAAUACGUCAUGGUUCAAUACAAAGCCGGGUGAACAAAGAAUGGAUGCUCUUAUGAAGCGGAUACGCGAACCAUUUACAGUUCCAGUUACCAACAUCUUUGAACCUAGUCGUAAAUUGUGGUCUCUUUCUAUGUCACUUAUCGGUUGGAUGCUUUUCGGACUGAGCUGUAUUGUAGUAUAUUUGGUUUUUCGAUUUAAACCAAGGGCAAUUUUUGGGAAGCAUUAA